CGCGCGCCCAACGGACGGGCCCAGCCUUCGCGCGGCUGACGGGGGGGCCUGGCAGAACGGCCUGGCAGAGCGGGGGGCGGGGCGGUUACUAGGGCACGUUACGUGCCCCACGGGAACCCCCGCCUCCCCGCGGGGCAUUGUGGGAAGCGGCCGCCGGGCUGAGGCGAGCGACCUGGAUUUAAAGGGACCGGCCCGGCUGCGCUGAGGGGACGGUCGGAGCCAGCGGGCCCCGCCGAGUGACGGGCGGGCGUAUAGGUGAAGGACUAUGUCCACAAUGGUGUACCCAAGGGAGGAGAAGCUGGACAAGCUGAGCCAGGAGGAGAUCAUUUGCAACACCAAGCUGGUGAUGCAAGGGCUGGAGGCCCUCAAGAACGAGCACAACUCCAUCCUGCACAGCCUGCUGGAGACCAUCAAGUGUCUGAAGAAGGAUGAGGAGGCCAACCUGGUGCAUGAGAAAUCCAAUCUGCUCCGCAAGUCGGUGGAGAUGAUUGAGCUGGGGCUUGGGGAGGCUCAGGUGAUGAUGGCUCUGUCCAGCCACCUGAAUGCAGUGGAGUCAGAGAAGCAGAAGCUGCGCGCCCAGGUGCGGCGACUGUGCCAGGAGAACCAAUGGCUGCGAGACGAGCUGGCCAACACCCAGCAGAAGCUGCAGCGCAGUGAGCAGACAGUGGCCCAGCUGGAGGAGGAGAAGAAGCACCUGGAGUUCAUGAACCAGCUGAAGAAAUACGAUGAGGACGUCUCACCGUCGGAGGAGAAGGAAGGGGACUCCACAAAGGACUCUCUGGAUGAUCUGUUCCCGAACGAAGAAGAGGAACACGGCCCAGGAAUGCCCCACCAGCACAGCAGUGCGGCGGCAGCUGCCCAGCAGGGUGGCUAUGAGAUCCCAGCACGCCUGCGCACCCUCCACAACCUGGUGAUCCAGUACGCCUCGCAGGGGCGCUACGAGGUAGCUGUGCCACUCUGCAAGCAGGCACUGGAGGACCUGGAGAAGACAUCAGGCCACGACCACCCCGAUGUGGCCACCAUGCUCAACAUCCUGGCACUGGUGUACAGGGAUCAGAAUAAAUACAAAGAGGCAGCCCAUCUGCUGAACGACGCACUCUCCAUUCGCGAGAAGACAUUGGGGAAAGACCACCCUGCAGUGGCCGCGACCCUCAACAAUCUGGCCGUUCUUUAUGGCAAGAGAGGAAAGUACAAGGAGGCAGAGCCGCUGUGCAAGCGAGCCCUGGAGAUCCGCGAGAAGGUUCUAGGCAAAGACCAUCCAGACGUGGCCAAGCAGCUGAACAACCUGGCCCUGCUGUGCCAGAACCAGGGCAAAUACGAGGAGGUGGAGUACUACUACCGCCGAGCGCUGGAGAUCUACGAGAGCCGCCUGGGCCACGACGACCCCAAUGUGGCCAAGACCAAGAACAACUUGGCCUCCUGCUACCUGAAGCAAGGCAAAUACAAGGAUGCUGAGGUGCUGUACAAGGAGAUCCUCACCCGCGCCCAUGUGAAGGAGUUUGGCUCUGUGGAUGAUGAGCACAAGCCGAUCUGGAUGCACGCGGAGGAGAGGGAGGAGAUGAGCAAGUGCUCUCCCUAGGACACGCUGGACAGCGGAAGAUGGCAGAAUGACAGCGUGUUUCUGUGCCAGAGACUUAGCUUCCAGCCCCAAAGGGCCUCGAAAAUCCAGCUCACUCCUGGGUUAGCCCAUAAGGCUGAUCAGGAGACAGGGAACCUGAGAGGAGAGGCAGACAGGCCUGGGAAGAGGCUGCAGUCUGCUGCCUCCAUCAUCUCCCCCAGAGAACCUUCUGCCGUGUGCUGCUGGAGCCAGAAUGGGACCUAGAGUUCUCCCCGGCACCCUGGUCCUUCCAGCCCAGCUCUGAGUGAGGGCAACGCAAACCUUGCCGGCAUCUAGAGCCCCAGAGAGCACAGGGCCUUCCUCGGGAGCCAGGCUGCCUUCCUCGGGGCAGUGGGCAGCAGCCCUGGCUCCCUGGCAAAUGGGAAUUGACCCCGGCAGUUGUGAGAGAGGCAGGUGCACUGCUGAGAUGGACUGAGCUAAACAGACGUACGGAGCAGGUGUCCCUUCUUAUGCAGCAGGCAAGACGCAGGAGCCCCAGCACACCUCCCUUACCCCCUCUGUGCAAAUGCAGCAGGGAGGCCUCUCGCCUGUGUGCACAGACCCUGUACCGGGAGCCGGCAGUCAGGAUUGGCAGAGUCGUCAUCUAGGUGGCCAGGCUGGAGUUUGAGGGCCUGAGUAACAAACUCUAAAUGCUGCAGGUGCUGGGCCCCUCUGAGAUCCCACCCUGUGUCUGGAAGCUGUCCCACAAUCUAGUCUAGAGCCUCUGUGCUCCCCAAGCUGCAAUCUCUUCACCUCCCAGUGUAGUCCCUGUAGGAUGCUGAGGACCCCUUGAGAAGCAGAGCACCAUGUGGGGCAGGACUGCAGAGACUAGCACGCAAGCUGUAAAGAAUCAUGGUGGCAGUGCCAUUGCUGCUCUAAGCUAGUUCGCCCCUUGGGUGCUCUGUGCUGCCUGCACCCACUGCUCCACCUAAGCAGGGUGGUGGCCCGUGGGCCAUGCUGCCAAGAGCCUGCUGGGUUGAUACCAGCAUUUGUUGUAUCGAUGGUCAGUUACAGGUCAGCUGGCUGUGCAGAUAGCCUGGGCUAGACAAGGCCUCUGGGAAAGAGGAGGGAGUGACAUGGCAAUUGUCAAGGCAAGAUUUCUAGCACCCAAUAGCAUUUGCGGGGUCUCCUCCAGUGGGGGUGCCAGUUCUGAGCAGUGAGGAGUUAGCUGUGGAGGAGGGAGAGCCUUUUUGGCUCCAGCUGGGUUCUGUCGCUGAGGCCUUUUGUGGACGUAGGGUUUGGAGCUAUUGUUGGAGCUUGUUAAUGUCUCCUGAAAGGAGGGCCGGUGCCAACUCUUGCCACUGGUGGCUGUGCUGAAUGUCAGCCUGCCUGUAAGCAGCCUUUGGGAGCUGGGCGAUGGAAAAGGUGGUGGUGGCAUUGCUUGGAGGCCUGCUGCUACUUUUCCAUCCCUGCCCAUCUGUCCUAGUGCUGUGCAGGGCCUCGAGAUGAUCCAGCCAGGGAUGAAGGUCAGUUGACCGUGCUGAGCCCAUGAGGUCUGUUAGUUGCCUUUGAUGCCAUUGCCCAUACAGUUCUGUUGACUCCAUUGUGGCCCCUGACUGGGGUGACUGGGCUUGCUGCUGUGCAGAGCUCCACAGGGCACUGUGGUGUCCCCCUCCUCCAUGUGCAGGGGAGGUUCUGGAGGUUGCAGUGCCACCUGCCCAGAUGGUGCAGGGUCAGUGCUCUCCCAGGGCUGGCUGAGAGCUGGCUGGCUGGAGGCUCACCCAGAGAAGAGAUGCUGCUGGUGGUGUUUAAGGGGCCGAUCUCUAGAGAUUGACCGAUGACAUGUGGCCACCUCUUGUCAGUGGAGCUCGCUGCUCGGCUGCUCUCAGGGUAUGUUGCUACGCGGAGGCCUGCCUGCGCUGCUAGUCUUAGUGUGUGGGGUUGCUGAGUGGAGCGGCUCGGUGUCCUGUGCAUUCCGGGGCUCCAUGGCCAGGUACACGGUGAGCCCUGGCUCAGAGAUGAGGAGCCUGACAGGGUAUGUAAGGGGGUCUGGCGAGCCUGCAGCCCCCUCUCUGUUUGCAUGUGCCAGGAGGCUCCAGGGAAGGCCCUUCCUUCAGGAAGGCAGCUCCCAUGUCCCCCUGCUCUCCAUGGGCCUUAGUGUUGCUCUGACAGAUGGGAGCAGCUCCCUUACCAGGGGGACUUGGAGAGACAGCAGCUCAGGCUAGUAGACCACUCAGGUCUUUAGUCACCAGCAUCCCUGCUGGAGCCCUGAGGGCUCACAUCUGCUUACCCACCUCUGGGCCCUGCCUCCCAGGCCUUGUGCAUGCGCCAUCCGCACACAGUCCCAGAGCCGAACUUCUGGCCUGGGGCGUACAUCUUUAGCUUCGAGCUAGAGAAACGAGCUGGCCCCAUGGCUCUCCUGCUGCCGCCACAAGGAGGUUCCACCGGGGUCCCUGAAACUGCCUUGGCCGGUACAGGGCAUGGUGGCUUCUUACGCCUGUUCUGCCCCUUCCUGCUCCUAGCCCAGAGCAGCUCUGAGCUCCAGCUGGGAAGGAGUGGCUCCAGCACCCGGCUUUCCUGGGAGCUGCAUUUGAGUGGUGUGGUCUCUCCUCGGGGCCAGGACUGGGCCUUCUCUUCCCUAUAUAGGGCUGAGAUGCUUUCCAGGAUACUGCUAGGCAUGGGGGGGGGACACACCUCUGUCUCCUGCUAGUGGAGGUGGCGUCAUGUGUUGGGCAUUCUCCAGUGCAGUGAUGCUGGGGCCAGCCGUCCCCCAGGGCAUACUGUGGCACCCCCCCACAAGCUAGCAGCAGUGGGCGGGGGGUAAGGAGAGAGCUGUGUUGUGGCCAGUGGGAGACGUGCAUGCUAGCCUAACCCACAGGUGGUCCCUGUUCCCUUGAGCUGUGCUCUCUUGGUUCUGCUUAGCACUAGCCCAGCCCCUGGGUUGAGGGGUGUUGCUCCCAUUCCCUCCCACGCCUGGAGGCCCUCCCCUGCCAGACCUGGUUGCCUGUCUGUUUUCUCCUAUUAAAAAGCAUCAUACCCAUUUUGA